UUUGGGAAUCUGAUUAUGAUGAUGAACUCAAGGCGCUAAAUCGGAACAGUUUCAGCUUUCUCAAGAAAGACUCAUACUUUAUUAUUUCAGUCGUGAAGAAUCUGUUCUUGAAAUAUCGAAAAUUGCGAGGGUUUCUCUAGUUUCAGCUUAUAAAUCACCAAAGAGGCUUUUGGAAGAGAAGCUCAUAUCUUUCUUGGAGUCAUGUAAAACCCAGAAACAGCUUCUUCAAAUCCAGUCACAAACUGUAAGUCACGAGUUAGCACAUAAUGAUUACGUCGGUCCGAGAAUCGUUGCCGCUUGUUGCCGAAUCACGAGGAUUGGUUACGCACGCCAGGUGUUCGACGGAAUCUCUCAACCGAAUGUUUCUGUUUGGAACGCUAUGUUCAAUGGGUGUGAUAGCAUUGGCGAAUAAGGUGUUUUGUGAGAUGGUUGAGAAAAAUGUGGUUACUUGGACUUUGAUGAUCAAUGGAUAUCUUUUGAAGAAGGACUUAGUCUCUGCUCGACGCUUUUUUGAUUUGUCGCCUGAGAGAGACAUUGUGUUGUGGAACACUAUGGUAUCUGGUUACAUUGAAAUGGGGAAUAUAGUGGACGCUAGGAGUCUUUUUGAUCAAAUGCCCUGUAGGGAUGUCAUGUCGUGGAAUACGAUUUUAGAGGGUUAUGCAAAUAUUGGAGAUAUGGAAGCAUGUGGAAGGGUUUUUUAUGAAAUGCCAGAGAGAAAUGUGUUCUCUUGGAACGGUUUGAUCAAGGGUCUGGCUCAAAAUGGGAGGGUUUCUGAAGUGUUGGAUUAUUUUAAGAGAAUGGUAGAUGAAGAGGAUGUUGUCCCUAACGACGCAACAUUGACUUUAGUACUGUCAGCUUGUGCAAAGUUAGGAGCUCUUGAUUUCGGGAAAUGGGUACAUCAGCAUGGAGAGAGUCUUGGGUAUAAUAAGGUAGAUGUAAACGUUAAGAAUGCUUUGAUUGAUAUGUAUGCAAAAUGUGGAGCUAUAGAGCUAGGUAUGGAAGUCUUCAAAAGCAUAAAGAGAAGAGAUUUGAUAAGCUGGAAUACGAUGAUCAAUGGUUUAGCUGCACAUGGACAUGGAACGGAGGCCUUAGAUUUAUUCCAUGAGAUGAAAAACUGCGGAAUUAGACCUGACAAGGUCACAUUCGUCGGUGUUUUAUGUGCCUGUAAACACAUGGGUUUGGUUGAAGAUGGCUUGGCUUAUUUCAAUUCCAUGAUUACUGAUUUCUCAGUCACGCCUCAGAUUGAGCAUUGUGGUUGUGUAGUGGAUUUACUAUCUCGGGCUGGAUUUUUAACACAAGCUGUUGAGUUUAUUAACAAGAUGCCGGUAAAAGCUGAUGCUGUUAUAUGGGCUACUCUACUUGGAGCUUCAAAGGUUUAUAAGAAGGUGGACAUUGGGGAACUUGCUCUUGUAGAGUUGAUCAAGCUUGAACCAAGAAACCCAGCUAAUUUUGUGAUGCUCUCAAACAUAUAUGGAGAACUAGGAAGAUUUGACGAUGUUGCAAGGCUAAAAGUUGCAAUGAGAGACACAGGCUUUAAGAAAGAAGCAGGUGUAAGCUGGAUUGAGACUGAUGAUGGUUUAGUGAAGUUUUAUUCUUCGGGAGAAAAGCAUCCUCGAACAGAGGAACUACAGAUGAUCUUGAGAGACCUGAAGAGCUUCAACAUCCUUGUUGAUGACGAAGACGAACUUCAAGAACAGUUUAUAUAAUCUUAUAGAAAGCGAUUUUGUCCAGAUUGGACUAUUUAACCUAGUUUUCAUAUUAAUAUCCGAGGCUAUCCUCUCCCGCAUGCCAUUGCAUAUACUGCAAAGUGCAAGAGAGUCUCAAGAAUUGUCCUUGCAAGGUUGUGUACUUUUAUAGGAACUUGAAAGACAAUGUUGAGUGUUGGUGUCUCUUUGCUGUAACUCCGGAUUCAAAAGCUUGGCAACAGAAAGCAGGUCAUAUAAAAAAGAUCGUUUGUAUA